CACAGUAACCGCGAGGUUAGAAGCGGACUGUUGCCUGAAUUGAGAACACAGCGAUGGCACAGCUGGUUCCUGUUUACCCAAUGCACUUUCCAGAACCUCUGGACCAGCAAUCAGCGCGUCACUGAUUGCAAGGACAGACAGCGUUUCGGUCCUUUUUUAUUUUUUCUUUAUUUUACUGUUAUUUCAGUUUUUUAGAGCGAGACUUUUCUACCGCGUGCAGAAAUCCCUCAUAUUGAUUUGCUUUUAUUAAGCAGACAUUGCACUUGCUUUGCUGUCAUCGUGCGAUUUCGUUGCUCAUUUAGAAGAGGAGACUGUUUUUUUCCGUCAUACCUAUUAGCAGAUAUUUAAUCACCGUUCGACUCGAAACCCAUAGAAAAUCAGUCUAGCUGCAGGCUUCGUCUGGGAUCUUUAUCACAUCGAACUGCAAGUUGUUUUGUUUGAUAAUAUCCAGAUUUGGGGUCGUUUCUGAUGUUGUCAUCACUACACAGUGUGCAUCAGCGCUCCGAAAUCUGAGCAUCUUUCCAUCUGAAGGCACAAUAGCCUUUGCUAUGCACAUAGCUUUGCAAUAAUAUUCAGGAUUCGCAGCAGCUGGUCGGGAAGACAAGAACAUACACACAGAGGAUGUUUCGGAUGUAAAAUAUAUAUAAAUUAAAAUAAAUGCAAGAUGGGGAAAGAUCAGGAAUUGUUGCAAGCAGUUAAGACUGAAGACCUUAUAACGGUGCAGAAGCUCUUGCAGAGGCCCAAACCAGGCAAAGCAAAGCUGCUGGGGUCUGCCAAGAGGGUGAACGUCAACUUCCAGGACACAGACGGGUUCGCCGCACUACACCAUGCCGCCCUCAACGGGAACAUGGAGCUCAUCUCCCUGCUGCUGGAGUCCCAGGCCACUGUGGACAUCAAGGACCAGAAAGGAAUGCGCCCGCUCCACUACGCCGCCUGGCAGGGGAAGUCGGAGCCCAUGAAGAUGCUGCUGAAGUCGGGGUCCUCGGUCAACGGGCAGUCGGACGAGGGUCAGAUCCCCCUGCACCUGGCGGCGCAGCAUGGGCACUACGACGUGUCUGAGAUGCUGCUCCAGCAUCAGUCAAACCCGUGCAUUGUGGACAACGCAGGAAAAACCCCUCUGGACCUGGCCUGUGAAUUCGGCAGAGUGGGCGUGGUUCAGCUGUUGCUUAGCAGUAACAUGUGUGCUGCCCUGCUGGAGCCCAGGCCUGGCGAUGCCACUGACCCCAACGGCACCAGCCCCCUGCACCUCGCCGCCAAGAAUGGCCACAUUGACAUCAUCAGGCUGUUGAUCCAGGCUGGCAUAGACAUCAACCGGCAGACCAAGUCGGGCACCGCCCUGCAUGAGGCGGCGCUGUGUGGAAAAACCGAGGUGGUGCGCCUCCUGCUGGAUAGUGGCAUCAACGCAGGCGUGAGGAACACGUACAGCCAGACCGCGCUGGACAUUGUCAACCAGUUCACCACCACUCAGGCCAGCCGGGAGAUCAAGCAGAUGCUCCGGGAUGCCUCUGCAGCCCUGCAGGUCAGGGCCCUGAAGGACUACUGCAACAAUUACGAUCUUACCAGUCUCAACAUCAAGGCUGGGGACGUCAUCACGGUGCUGGAGCAACACCCUGAUGGUCGGUGGAAGGGCUGUAUCCAUGACAACCGCACAGGAAAUGACCGAGUCGGCUACUUCCCCUCCAACAUGGUGGAGGUGAUCAGCAAGAGGGCAGGUUCAUGGAACACAGUCAUUUGUACCCAACAGUAUCAAAAGAUACAGCUCUGUGCGCCGGCGUGCGGCCCUGCCGCCGUGGUGAACGGGGACACUUACCAUCAGAUCCAUAUCCUGCCGCCUCCACCACCUCCGCCACCACAUUCCCAUCAGCCACUUUUCACUUCCUUUGGCUAUAACAGGUCCCAGAGCACCUCAGAAGAGCUGCACUGUGUACAAGGUUCCAGAGGCUCUGAGUCCAGCCCCCAUGGCUCCCCCACCCCAGCCAGUGGCGCCAGCGAGGAAAUCUGGGUGCUGCGCAAGCCCUUUGCAGGUGGAGACCGCAGCAGCAUGGGCAGCUCGGGCAGCGUGGCCAGCGCGCGGUCCUCCGGGAGCGGCCAGAGCGCCGGCAGCAACGCCCACAUCCUGCACGCCCAGGCAGAGGGCGUCAAGCUCCUGGCCACGGUGCUCUCUCAAUCUGCCAAGGCCAAGGAACACCUACUGGAGCAGUCCAAAUCUGUGGAGCAGUCCACAGGCUCCUCCUCACGCACCACAAGCUCAUCCAGCUGCCCCUACCAUGAAUCGCCAUACGGAGAGCCCGUGCCUCAAAGGAAGGCCGAGGUGCCGUCUGACGGGAAGAGCUCAGAGGCUGUUAUCCAAUGGCUGAGCGAGUUUCAGCUGCAAGUCUACGCUCCAAACUUCAUCAGCGCGGGCUAUGACAUUCCCACCAUUAGCCGAAUGACCCCCGAGGACCUGACAGCCAUUGGAGUGACCAAGCCAGGCCACCGUAAAAAGAUGACAUCUGAAAUUAACAAGCUGAACCUUACAGAGUGGCUCCCGGACCAAAAACCUGCUAACCUGGCAGAGUGGCUGUCUAUGAUCGGACUCAGCCAGUAUUACCAGACUCUGGUCAACAAUGGCUAUGAGAAUAUUGACUUCAUCACUGACAUCACCUGGGAGGACCUACAGGAGAUCGGAAUUACCAAGCUGGGCCACCAGAAGAAGCUGAUGCUGGCUGUGAAGAAGCUGGCGGAGAUGCAGAAGGCAGCGGAGGGACGCGGCACGCUGCGCAAGAAGGCGCCCCCUCCCCAGGAAGUGAUGGCCAUCGAGAGCCCUCCCCACGACAGCGCCGAGUGCAUGUCUCCCAAAAUGAGCACCUUCCAGGACAGCGAGCUGAGCGACGAGCUGCAGGCUGCCAUGACCCGCGGUGGAGAGAUCCAGGAAGGGGCUGAGGUCAAAGCCACCGCUGGCCAGCGGGCACGCAGCAUGCACGAGAACAGCCUCGGCAGGAGCAGGGACUCGGAGGAGGGCGGCGGCAGCGGCAGCGCUCCGAGGAAGGAGGCACGGACUGCGCGGCAGGGCAGCCACGGCCAGGGGGUGCAGAGGGCCAGCGUCCCGCCCGCGCUGAGCAAACCACGCCAGUCCUUCCCUCCAGGGGGCGGUCCCUCCUAUACCCCGCCGCAGACGCCCACCAAGACUAAACCCUCGUCCCCGCAGACCGUGGGGCCUCCACAGGCCGCUGCCAAGGUGAAACCCACGCCUCAGCUGCUGGCCCAGACCGAGCGGCCCGUGUCGCCCCGCUCUCUCCUGCAGUCCCCCACACACAGAGGCUACGCUGCCACGCAGCAGCCUGCAGAGGGCGGGGAGGGCCCGGCGGCGCCCCAGCAGCCCGUGUCUGCCCCUGCCGUCACCGUGCCCCUGCUGUGCCUGCCCCCGGACGGCGAUGAGUCCGAGGAGGAGCCAGGCCUGCCCAAGAAGCGGGCGCACAGCCUGAGCCGCUACGCCGCCUCCGACACCGAGCCGGACCGCGACGAGCUCACCGUCCCCGACGCCACCAAGUACGCCACCGUGCAGGGCCGCGUGACCCGCAGCCACGCUGACAAGAACGUCAACCGCAGCCAGUCCUUCGCCCUCCGGCCCAAGAAGAAGGGCCCACCGCCCCCUCCGCCCAAACGCUCCAGCUCCGCCAUCUCCAGCACCAACCUGGCGGAUGACGCCAAAGACGAGGAUGGAGGACAGCUGCUGGCUGUGAACUACCACGAGCGGAGGCGCGCCAGUGACCUGGGCGGCACGGUGGACACAGGCAGCGCGGGCAGUGUGAAGAGCAUCGCCGCUAUGCUGGAGAUGUCCUCAAUUGGGGGCGGGCACAAGGGCCUUGCGCUGCAGAAGUCUCUAGGGGGCAGUGCCUGUCAUUACCUGCAGGUUAGCCCACUCCACGGCAAGCAUCGUGACGCCAUCGGGCUGGACGGUGAGGUGGUGAACCGGCGCAGGACGAUCAGCGGGCCAGUGACGGGGCUAGUGAUGGCCGCCCGGAAGGAGCGGGGCCCCGAGUCGCCCCAGGACAGGCUGGCCCCAGAGCCGCAGCCCGGCUCCGCCAACAGCUCCGGGGAGAACCUGCCCUUCGCCGAAGACGGGAACCUGACCAUCAAGCAGCGUCCCAGGCAGGGCAAGGGCGACGGCCUGCCAGACAGCCUCUACUCGCUGCCGCAGGAGGAGCUGUCCCGCAUGGACGCCACGGCCACGCUCAAGAGGAGGGUCCGCUCCAAGCACCACCAGGACGGGGUGAAGUUCCAGCUCACCGAGUCCAGCACCGUCAAGCGCCGCCCCAAAAGCAAAGACAAGGACCCCGGUGACGUGCAGGACAGCCUGCUGUUUGCGCCUUACCAGAACGGCACCAGCACAAUAAAGAGACGGCCCGUGUCAGAAAUGAGCGGCAUGGAACCACCCCGGGGCCAGGGCAACGAGGACAUGGCGCCCCGCAGGGACAGCGCUGACUUUGGGUUUCACGGUGCUGAGGGGGAACCCCGCAAGCCUGCCAAGCCUCCGGUGUCUCCCAAACCUGUCCUCGCCCAGCAGGUGAAGAAGCAGGGGCCCCCAACACCCACCACCAAGAGAGUUCCCAUCCCUGGACCCGGUGGCCCUGGCAGCCCAGAGGUGAAACGAAUCCCCCCUCCCGUGUCCCCAAAGCCCAGCCCCCCUCCCACAGCCCCCAAACCGGCCAAAGUACAGAACGUGCUGCAGACCAUCAACGUGACUCCUCCCUCAACCCCCACCCCUGCCAAGCAGCCUGGCGGCACACCCCUGUCCCUGUCCCCUAGCCUUGCCCGGCCCCACACUCCCCCGGCACAGACCCCUCAGACUCCUCAGACUCCCCAGACUCCUCAGACCCCGGGGCCCCUUACUCCUGGCCCCACCCCUCCGCCAGUCAAGCCCCCGCGCUCCUCCAUCAGUGGGGUGUCAGUGGACGUCACGGGGCCGGUGGAGUCAGCACAGCAGAAGCUGGAGGAGACCAGUGCCUCCCUGGCUGCGGCCCUGCAGGCCGUGGAGGAGAAGAUCAAGCAGGACGACGGGCAGAAAGACUCGGUGGCCGAGGACAAGAGCACGGUGAGCAUCCUGGACGACAUCGGCAGCAUGUUCGACGACCUGGCCGACCAGCUGGACGCCAUGCUGGAGUGAAGAGCACAGCGUGCGCCGUAGCGGCACAACCUCAGGGCUCCGCGAGGGCAGAAGGGCACAAACAACCAAGCGCAGGACCCCUCCCGCUCCCCCUCUGACCUCCAUGUGCCGCUCCCACCUCCCACCUCCCACCUCCC